AUGUUUUGUCAUCUCUUAGCUUGUACCUGCAACUUGUAUGGCUCAGUAAGGGAUGACUGCGAGCAAAUGACGGGACGCUGCGUAUGUAAACAAGGAAUACAUGGGAUGAAGUGUGAUAUAUGUCCAGAAAAAACAGUUUUAACUCCUGAUGGCUGCGUCGAUGAGUCUAUAGCCCAGCCUAUAAGUGGUUCCUGCGAUGAACUCAUGUGCUUCCAUGGUGCUCAGUGCAGAGAGGUUAUUGAAGGUCAUGCUCAAUGUAUCUGUGACAUUCAGUGCUCAGCAGAAGAUAGUAAAGACCCCGUAUGUGGAUCCGACGGUAACACGUACGGAUCUGAGUGUCAAAUGAAACUGUUUAGUUGCAGAUAUCAGAAGACUAUUACGAUUGCUUUUCAAGAAGCUUGUGCAAAAGGUAAGAAUAAUAACUCAAAAAUAUCUGCCACCAAAAAAGAAAAACAUUCA